AUAACUUGAUACAUCUUCACGUUAAAGUGAAAAUCAUCAAUUGCUGUUAUAUUACCAUUUUUGACCCCCGAAGCGCUUUUAAAGUGCUUUUUAAGGAGUCUAUUUGAUUGAAUACAUUUCCAAUCUAAAACGAUGAACUACCGUACUUGAAUUCAAUUGAAUUUCUAGUGUUGGAUUUCUUUAUUCUUCGAUUUACUGAGAGCUUAUUCUAUGCGUCUUAAAACGUUAUUUCCGUCUAUUAUCUAACACAGCGUGAUAAAAUUAAUCAAUUCUGAAAUUCGGACCCAUUUUUCCAUAUUGAUGUACCAUCUCUAUACAUUUUCUCUUUGGUUUUACUCUCACCACAUGUUUUAUCUUUGAUUUCCACCCUCAUAUAGUUCAAGUCUAAAUUGAAUUCAUUUUGAGAGGUGUUGGGAAUUCGUUGAAGCGUACAAAGAUGAAAUUUCGCCUUUGCCCCAAAAUUGAAAUUGAAUUAACUUUUUAAAUGGGGUUUAAAGUCACGCUUGUCUGAUUUUAACACCAUGAAGAUUUUUAAGUGAUUAAUGUUGUCGACUUGAAUUAGUUAUGCGACUUGAUUUUUGUUGUUGAGAUUUUGAAAUCUCAACUCUUCGGCUGCUGACGAUAUUCUAUAUUUUGAUUUUCUAUUUGUACUUAUCGAAAUAGCUGAUAGCUUUUGAAGUUCGAUUUUUUAUGAAAGAACUUGCGAACUUUUACUUGGAACUCAAACAAGUCUUACCAACUUUUACAAUUUGAGUUUAACUAAUUGUUAUAUUUUUCCCAAAAAAAAACAAGAACUGCGAGAAAAUCAUCUUUAUCAACAGUUAAAGAAUAAAUCGCGGGGAAACUUUUCUCCUUGUUGAUUUAGUUAUCGAUGAUGGGAAAUAAUAUUUCAGCCAGUGACAACGAACAACUCUUAUCUAAUCUGAACAGAGUUGUGUAUAACCAGCAACAGCAAAGCGGCGGCUCGAUUAGUUCGCCCAAUCCACUGCAAAAUUUAGCACAACUGCAGAGUUAUUUAGUGCCUCCUGCGACUAGUAAUCACGCGAAUAGUGCCGUUAAUGGCCCGGGAAAUGUUAGUCCUUGUAGCUCAAAUGCCAGCGAUGCUUCUGGGAAGCGAAAAGUUUCCUUCAAAGACCAAUUUACCCAACCUCCUGAAAAUAACCAGCAGCUGAAUUUUACAAAUCCAGAGCAGCAAAGUGCUGAAGCUACGUCUUUAGUUGAUCUCUCGCAGCCUAGUUGUAUUUUACCUCUGCGCCCGUUAGGCCCAUUAGUGAAAGGGUGUUGUCCUUAUGCCCCGCCCAAAUUGCCGGGCAAAAAAUCGCACCAAAAGUUAAGUAAGCACCUGCUUAACAGAAAUCUCACUCGAUCAUCUUCACAAACAAGAGAAAAACCAUCUUUUCAAACCGCUACUUAUGAUGGUAAUAUUAUAACCCCGCAAGCUAAUGCAGUUAACAAUAAUGGUGGUACUGUUACCCAAAAUUUUAUGGCAUCAUAUCACGUUGAGUCAACAAACUAUAACGUGAAUGUAGUUCAACAUUUACAAAAUUCUCAAUUUAAUAGCUCGCUUUCACCCGAAAAUACUCCCCAAAGUUACACGAAUAACCCUUUUAUCAGUAACAGCAGCCAGUUAAUGAAAUCGAAUCGGAGGCCCUUUAUUCAUUUCGACGACAUCAUUUCUGAUUUCAAUACAAAAUCGAACGUUUCUUUGUCAAAUUCGGAUUCAAGUUCAUUUCAAAAUUCAGUAAACAGCGUUAAUUUAUCAGCUAAAAAUUCGACUUGCAGUUGUGAAAAGUGCAAUUCAAUCGCACUAAGUCCGAAUUGCAACAUGAAAAAGAAUCUGAAUAAACAUGAUGUUCAGCUUGGCGUGAACAAAAAUGAAGAAAGUUCCGCUGUGGAAAAAAAUGACGGAAAUUUUUUCAACAUGACUGAAAACGUUGACACAAUCGGCGUGAAAAGAGGAGGAAAUUUCAGCAUGAACGACUUUGAAGGAAUUUCCGAGGGGACAAACUCGCCUGUCUUGUGUUGUAAUGACAGUUUUUGUCAAGAUUGUAAUCGAGAUGGUUGCGGUGACGACAAUAUGGAUGGUAGUAAUGGUAAUAGUGGUGCUGGCGUUAACCCGAUGGAGUUGAUAAAUUUCUUGCUCGAAAUGACCAGUAGAGCGGCCUCGCCUGAUCAGUGGUGGGAGUUGUGGGAUGAAAAGACAGGGAGGUACUACUACUUCAACACAUACUCCAGACAGACUGUGUGGCACCGACCGACCACACCCCAAUCAGACAUAAUACCACUCGCUAAGAUACAGGCAUUGCAGCUUUCGAGUUUAAACAACGCGAAGAUUACGUCAAAUAAUUCAGAAAAUUCGAAAAGUGACCCAAAAAAUGCAAAUGAUUCUCAAUUUUCGCAACCAUUUGCAACUAAUUCUGCUGUAGUUAAUAAAAACGGAACCAAUACUGCAAAGUGUGUCAGUGAGUCGCCAUCAAAUUUUACAGUCGAAAAUUCAGCUAUUGGUUCUACAAAUAAUACUGUUGUCAAUAUGCUUGAAAGUCAACAAGAGAUGGCGCUAGAGUCGAAUUUAAAUUUGCUCGCUAAUUCACAGAAUAAACAACAAAUAUCGGGCCAGAUAUCAACGAAUUCGUGUCAUCGACAUCAUAGACGUCGCCACGAGCAUCAUAACUCAGCGCAACGACAGCAACAUCGGCAUAAUAAUCAUAGCCAUCAUCAUAGUAUAAGAAAUACGAACGAAAAUCAAGGAAUCGGAAUCGAAUUUGCAACUCCUGAAACUUCGAAUUUCGAUUUGCAAUUGCAAUCCCAGAGUGCAGUUAUGAGUCAUCAAGUUAUGAGCAGUACAACUCAGAAUGUGAUGAAUGGCGGAAAUGAUUUCAGAUCAGUUUCGAGGCAAAAGCGAACUCAGAAUUCGGAUUUGACGCGAGCUAAUUCGGAGCAUAGAAAACAUCAUCGCCAUCAUAAUCACUCGGAAAGUGCUUCGGCAGUUGCGACAGCCGGCGGAUCAUCGCGAGGCAUUACAGGAUCGUCGCAACGCAACUCCGGUUACAGUGGAAGUAGUAUCAGUACUCAUUAUAUAUCGAAUAAUCAACAGAGUUAUACUUGUGCGAAUAAAACCUCGACUUCUAGUAAUGCUGUAUCUGCAAAUAAUAUUGCAAAUGGAACUUCGCAUAUAAAGCAAGGAAGUGUUUCGAAGCAAUCGAGUGGUCGAUUUUUACGAAGUGGUUGUUUUGGAGGUUGUAGCAUGCAGAAUAAAAACUGCAGCGGGUGUGUGCAAGAUACGAAACAAGAUGCAAUGUCUUCUGGAGGUCAAGGGUCAAGUGCAAGAGGUCAAGAGGGCUCGUUACUGGAAAUUGGAAGUGGCGGAUUGCAUAGUCAUCGGCGGCCGCAUCAACAUCACCAUCACAGAUGCAAUAAACACAGAAAACAACCUCAACACUCAAAUCACACUCAGACUCAGCUCCAGCAGUCAGCAAUCAACAACCAUGCCCCACUCAUGGAUGAAGCUACAAGGGAGAUCAUUGGGAGAAGUCUCAUGGCUAGUAGUAGCUCUGGAUUGGUUCCAGGAAAUGUUGCUAGUGGACAUUCACCGCAGCAAAAUGCAACAGUAAACCAGCUGCAGCAGAACCAGCCAUGUCAUCGACAUUUUCCCCAAAAUGUCAUUGGCGAACAGCAAAAACAAUCAACUCACAGAAAACACACUCAACAAUGCUCUCAUGAAAGCUCGAACUCAAAGCCUCCAAUUGGAAAUAGUGUUCUUGGAAUGAAUAACACAGCAUCGAUGACCCGAAAAGCAGCGCCUCCGGUUCCGAGGACUCAAGUACCUUUCUCUCAGAACUCAUUCGAAAGCGCGGUAUCCGCAAAUCCCCAGAAUGUAAAUGAAUUACCCAAACCUCAAAAUGUAGUUGCCUUGGAAAAUAGAAUCUCAGGAAAAAGUAGAGCCCAUAUGCCUUUACCAGUACCACUGGAACAAACCGGGGUUCCCGGGAACUUCUCUGCCGGUCCUGGAAACGCUUCCCAAAAUACGAUAACAACCCCUCCUUUUUCGAAUUAUGCAGUAAAUGGAAGCACACCGAGUCCCAUAGCAAAUAACAAAAGCAGUUCGCCAUUGUUUGCUGCGGGUAACAAAAAUGGACAAUUGGGUCUAAGAGGUGAUAUCGGGUCCCCAUGUGAUAAUAACGGGCCUUCUCAGCAAGGUUUUGGACAUUUGGGAUCUCCGAAUCCGUUUCAAACUACGACACAUGUUAGUGUGCCCAAUAGUAGGAAAAUGAGAAGACAAGGCAGUGAUUCUUCGAAUCAGUUUUCGACGGGUGACGAGAAGAGAACGAAUAAUCAAAACAGGCCUGAACAAGUGCAAACGAGGCAGGUUAACAAGCUUCACGUGAACAGCAAUAAACACGAGGAAAGAGUUGCUCCAUUCAAUGGACAGAGAAGUGCAACUCCUCAUUUGGACCCGACUACCUACUCACACCACAACAGCAGACAACACGAAUUCAAUCCUCGUCAAGCUCGCCAAAUUGACAACUUCAGUAAUUUUAACAAUGCGAACUGUCAACCUGUAAACCUCACAAAUGUAUCUCGCUUCCAACUAACAAACAAUUUCAACCUUUCGUCUGACAAUCUUAUCUGCAGUGCAAGAAACAAUCAGAAUUCGAACGACAAUUUUAACGCUCAAUUCGAAAACGAUUUCGAAAAUUGUUCAAAAAAUGAAAACUCCAAAUCGCAGUUAGUACCGUUUAGAAACUGCAAAUCUCAUACCGAUUUGUUUUCGGAUUCAAAUUUUAUUUCUGAAGUUCAAUUUGAAACUGAACAUUAUAACAGCGAUUAUUAUGAAAAUUUAAGAAAUGCAACAAGUUUGUCAACUGAUGCCCUAUACGAAAAUACAAAUAAUACUCCGAAGCUUGAAGAUUGUCAAAAAUAUCCAUGUGAACCAAAUGUGAACUCUAGAAACCCGUUCGAAAAUGCAGAUUAUUGUCAGCGGUUUUCGCGCGGAAGUCGUGACUUUAUUAAUGAAAAUCAAAAUCUUCGGGAAAAAUCUGCAAGUAACAUAAGUGUCGACUCUUUAGAAAAUGCGCCUAAAAUUAGAACCAAUAACUAUAAUUCGAAUACAAAGCAAGAUAGUGAAACUUAUGAAACACUAACUAAUUACACGAGCUCGAUGCUCUACGAGAACAGAAAACACAGUUUUCCAGAAACGCUCGUUAAGCCGAACAUCUCAUUUGUUCAACCAAUUAAGAAAAAUGUUCACGAAAAUAGAAGAAGUUUUCAAGAAAGCAGGAAAAGUUUCCACGAAAUUGACAGUAAAGAUGAUGAGGUUUCAUUAAUGGGGAGAAUUUACGACGACGUUGCAAAUACAAGUGAUGAAGAAGAAAAGAAUUUGAUGGAAAAUUUGGAAAAUCUUUCGGGCGAGGAAGAAAUUAUCGACGAUGAAAACGAAGAUUUGUUAGAAACUGAAACUGAUUUGAUGUUAAAUGAAGACGAAGAUUGUUCAGAAAACAACAAUGAUAUCGAUGACGAUAACGUGGAAAGUAUUUAUAAUGAGAAUGAGAGCGAGAUCGAAGAUCGUUUGAGUUUGCUGGAGGCGAGUUUGGAAGUUGGGGGUGGUAAUGAGUAUGAAAACACGACGAUGUCAUCGGAAUGUCGCGAAAGUGUUUAUUCGAUAGGUGCUAAAUUCACUCCUCCCGCCUCGCGUGAUAUCCUAGCCGACUCGAAGUUAAACCGAAGAAUCAAUUCAAGGUCAUCAAAUUCACCAGCGCGACCUCCAAAGGGGUCAAAUCUAGAAAUGACCGAAUCUGCAAAUCACAGUAACUUCAGUGGUAAUAGUCAGUCGCAACAUAACCCAUCUAGUAGUGGUUUGAUCAUGGGUGGAGUUGGGAAUAUAAAGAGGAAUUUGGAUGAAGGUUUCUCACAAGAAUCACUAUCGAGCCCAGUGACGAAUAGGAAAAACAUGAAUGCUGCUUUUUCGUCAAAGGAGAGUAUGCUUUCGACGCCUUCUGAUUGCAGCGAACAGUCUAGAUCGAUCCAACUAUCGAACAACCAGCUCUCAAAACAAUCUUACACUUAUGAUUCAAUCAACUUCCAAUAUCACAAAUUCCCAUCGACAAUUGACAAUACUGUGUAUACGAUAGAGAGUGAAUCCUUAAUAAGCGGCAAUCUGGACAAUGAAAUGGGCGAGGGGAGUUUUACGAGGGGAGAUAAUAGGACUGGCGCAGGAAUGGGCGCUGAUUUGCAGAAUAUAUAUGAUCAGCCGUGCAGCGAACAGGAAUACUUGCUGUACGAGACCUACAACGAUUACGACGAUCCAGAUUCAAGCGAUGCAACUUGCACUAAGCGUCAUCAAGCCUUCUAUGAGAACAAUUCAAUUCUAAGUGGAAAUGAUCUAAAUGAACCGAAAAACUUUCCAGUUGUGAUUCCAGAAACAGAACAUAGAACUGUGAAUCCAUUUGACAUUGGGCUUCCUGUUGGUGUCAUACAAGAAUCAAUAUUCAACCCAAGCGGUAGCCUGGAUUCUAACAAUCGUAGUCUGACGAAUAAUCAACAGACGAACAGUAGUCAGAAUGAUCCUGCUCUUCCCUUUUCUCGAGGAGUGAGCGGGUCAGGGGCUACUCUGGACCUGGCCAGAAAGAGCGGGCUGUUUAAGAAGAAACAGACCACCUCUGAUGUGAUGAAAUGGACUAAGGAUGUGAUUCGGGAACCACUAAUUGCAGACAAGAGAUUCAAAAAGGAAGCAGUCGACUGUUUCAAAUUGGUGCAGCAAUACAUGGGAGAUAGAAAGCACAACACAAAUACCAACUCAAAUCGUGGUCCGAACUCAGAGGAAGACUUGCAGAUUUUGUGUGCAGUGGAGUUGGCUGUGAAGGGGUGGGAGAUUGUGCAGUUGAGAGAUGAGCUGAUUCUACAAGUGUGCAAACAGAGCAUUGACAACUCCAGACAGUCAAGUGUGAAGCAAGGUUGGGAACUGCUCGCCAUCUUCCUUUCCUUUUUCGCCCCUUCGGAUAGAAUUGUGAAAUAUCUGGAACACUUCUUGAUCGAGUUCACAUUGGAAGACGACAACGAUGAAGAAAGGGAGAGCGGAGGGGCUGGGGAUCGAAAAGGGGAGGAUUCAGUUCUGGGUUUGUUGUCGGAGGGGGAUGGCGGUCAGUUGGACGAAGAUGUUUUGGGAAUCACCACUACACUUGAAAAGUUGUGUUCAAUUCCGUGCAAGAAGUAUGCAGUGCACUGUUGGAAACAGAUGAAGAGAAUGAGAAGGAUUAAAGCACUGGAGGAUAACUCCACUCAGAUGAUGAGGAGUAAAAGACCGACUGUGGAGGAGGUGGUGGCUGCCAGGAAUGGCCUACACCAACAGCCUGUAUUUGGAUCCUGUCUGUGCGACCUCAUACAGGCUCAGAAAGAGAGUGAGAUUAAGAGUAUCAACUCACUGGACAUCCCUUGGAUACUACAUGCACUUAUCUCUCAGAUUGUAACCAGGAAGGGACAUCUACAAGAGGGCAUUCUGAGAGUGUCGGGUGAUGCAGAGCAGAGCCAGAAACUGAAAGUGGCCCUCAAUUCACAGCCGGCCUCAAAUCCUCCCUCUCUCGACAACCACAAGUUCUGGCAACACUACGACACAAACGUGCUAGCCAGAGUUCUGAAGCAGUGGCUGCGACAACUAGACGAACCCCUCAUUCCAAUGCACUGCUACUCCCAAUUCAUCAACAGUGUCAGCAGUAAUAGUAACGAGAGUGACAUCACCUCAGGAGUGGUGCAAUUGGCAGAACAGCUCAAUGAGCCGAACAGAAGUGUGCUGCAAUAUCUAAUAGCAUUCUUGCAGGUGAUCGUGGACGAGUCUGAGUCCAACAAAAUGACCAGUCGCAACAUUGCUCUUGUCAUAGCGCCCAACUGUCUCUGGUCUCAAUCCAGGGACCCCCAGACCUUAUUGCAGAAUUCACAGUGCGAGGCAGCUGUCAUCCAGGCACUGAUUGAGUCUAUGGCCAGCACUAAGGAGAUUAAGGAUGAUAUUCUGCAAAACUUCAGCAUCUGAACUCAGCAACUCCAGCAAAAAACGGGAGUUGUUGGAUGACACAUGGAGCUUAAAGAGCGUUUUUGUGCGUUUUGAGUUUCAGCUUCUAUGCAGAAGAAGUAAGGAAGAGCUAUUUUGCAAUAAUUUAGUCGGGAAGCUUCUUAGCUGGAAUCGAGCCUCAAUUAUGAUGAUCGGAUAAACAACGCAGUGCUCAUAUUGUAUUGUAGAAAAACGAAAAAGAUAAACGGCGAAGAGAAUUUUUGAACAAAAUGUCCCUAUGAAAAAUAAAAACAUAAUAAACUUCCAAUUUUCAUAAAAUUCGAAACAUUGAAUAAAACUUAAUUCUUGAUUUCAAAUUUUAAAUAAUUGUUCAUUAAAUCGAUAAUAACUCGCGGAGAUUAAUUUCAAUGCUAAUUUUUAAUUUGUAAGAUUUGAGUUCAUUAACUGGUGCAGAUUUGUACAACAAUUUGUAAUUUACUAACAAAUAUACUA